AUGUUCACAAAGGCGCUGCGGAAGCCUCGGUUCUUGAAAGCUGCGAGGAAAGCUGGGGUUGUGACAGAUGCGGCUGCGGGAAAGCGGGCCCGGAAGAACGAUCGGGGAGAUGUCAGAAAUUGGGGACCGGAAUAUUACACCGAGCAGUCCUCGGAGCACCGUGAUGAGGUCCUGACGAGUGUUGGCGCGAAGAGGAGUAUCACAGCCACAAGCUUUCCGGCUGAUCGCUAUAGAAGGCGCAAGGUUGGUGGAUAGGGGAAACGGAUGGCGGGCUUUCAAGGUGCAUUGAUGAAGUAUUCAAAUAGCAACGACUCGGGUUGUAACAGCUACAACCUAGGAUCAACAACUCAUACGGUUCACGGUCACCUACGUACAGGCACUCCUGGCAGCUGGCGUAGGAAGGGCAAAGGAUCAGUGAGG